CAAAUGAACGGCUGCAAAUAGAAACGAAACGAGAAACUACAUUUCAUCACGCAUGUUUUGUAAAGUAGACUGGCUUGUCAUUGUCAUUGAGUAGGCCUAAAGGAGAAUUGCGUACAUUGCGUAGAGCUAAGACUUAGACUCUCUAGUUUGUAUUGCAGUGCAUUUCCAAGAUUGUUAAAAUGUCUUAUUGUAAAGAAGAAGGGAAAGAUCAAGUGAUAUUUGCUUCAAAGGAUGACAUGGUUCUACCAAGCAAGGCCAUAAUCAACUUGGAGGAAGAUGAGGAAGAUCAACAGCCAGGUCUGAUUCUGGCCAAUGGCGAUAUCAACUGGGACUGUCCUUGUCUGGGUGGCAUGGCCACCGGUCCAUGUGGCACCGAGUUCCGAUCUGCAUUCUCCUGUUUCCACUACAGUCAGGCAGAGCCCAAAGGUUCCGACUGUUACGAUGCUUUCCUCACAAUGCAGCAGUGUAUGGGCCAGUACCCGGAACUCUACCCCCCGGCAAAAGAACAGGUUAGCGAGGAACUGGAUCAGCUGGCGUCUGCCUCCGCUACUGAGGAUGAUUUAGCACAGAUUCCAGGGGAGACACCACAGUUACAGACUUCGGAGGAGGAGAAAUCGUGAUAGAAAAAUGUUUGUACAAAGUUAAAGCAGUUCCACCACCAAGCCAUUCUGUGACCUGAGAAGAGAGCAUGAGAAUUGAGAUUGCCUAUGAUUUGAAUUACUUGUUCAUGUUUUAUUUGAUGCCAUAAAUCAGUGCUUACAAUUAACUUUUUUUUAGGUCAUAUAGCCAAGUGGGCUUGUGUAGAGACUAGUAUCAUGGCUGAUUGGUGAUAAUGACCCAUUUAUCUUUUUAUUGUGAUUCAUGAUGACGAAAAUAAUAAUAUAAAGGAAAGUUUUUUCGAUGUGAUGAAAUAAUUCCAAUAAAAAUUUGGAAAACAAAAAUAUUCAUAAGCAGUGAACUUGGUAUCAAAUAUGUCUUGGUGUGACUUGCAAAUGAAUGGGGUUAAAUGUGUGUCAAUACCAAAAA